CCACGAUUACAAUACUCUUCCCGAUUCCGCUUCGAAUGAUCCUCAAGUCCUAAGGCAACCGUGAUUAUUCCCCAGAACAGGAAUUCCUAGAUAAUCGCAUAGUUGAUACUUCGAGAAUGUCUGCACCACUCUCUGCACCACCUGUCGCUGCGUUGCACCCAAAUAUUCCUGCUGGUUGGAGGUUGGAGUGGAGUGCGCAGUACCAUACAAACUACUAUCUCAAUGUCUAUACCGGUGCAUCAACCUGGACUGUACCUGUGGAACCUGCGCUCGACAUUGUGAGACACGUGCAACAAUACUCGACGGAGGAAGCUGUCCCUCAGCAAAGUUUGAACGUCCAGCCCACUUCUAGAAGAUGCGUAUCAUCACCAUCGCCGGUUUCUGCUAUCUCGGAGCAUGAAAAGCACUUUGCACAGCAAACACAGACUGUAGUGUAUACGCAACCAGAAGCCCCGGCUCUUUUCUUUCCACCUCCUCCAGGGUCAAGUGGGAGCGAGCCGACCUCCACGGGGCCAGCCUCCGUUCAACAAUUUCUACCUCCUCCAGACUCAAGUCACAGCCAAUCAGGACAUAUCUCACAGCACACCCUCGAAUAUUCUCCAUCUCCUCUAGGGGCGCAUCAAAAAGAUGACCAGCUGUUCCAGCCCCUACAAAACAAUGCUCUUCAAUCCUUCCCUCCACCACCGCUACUACCGCCUCGGUCUUCUCCUCGGCCCUUGUCUAGUUUCCUGCCUCCUCCUCCUCCUCAUGCUGAUAGCAACGCACUUCAGCAACUGGAUGUACAGGUACAAAAUACACAUGCAACGCUCGACGAUCUUCACUUGCAAACCCGGCCAAUACCUUUGACCUCCAAACCAAGACCACGAUCAUUCAUCGGCCAAAUGGAGAUGAUGAAAAUGCAAGUCAGCGAGCAAUCCCACAUCUACGGCUCGAAAGUCAUGGAGACCAAACUCGGCACCAAAGUCAGCACCAAAGUUGGAAAGCUAAUCCCGAAUUCGAAAUCCGAGAGCAAAGAGACCGAUCCUCUCCUCGACGUGAAAGACAAAGUGGAAAAGAAACUCUGGGACGACCGUACAGAAGAAGAGAAGAAAGAGUCGUACAAGAAAUGGGGCAAACGAGCCGCGAUUGGAGCUGGCGUUGUAGCAGCUGUUGUGAUUGGUGCAGAAGCUAUUGAGCAUGUAGCGAAUGCGAGUGAUGCUGCCAGCUCUGUGGGCAAUGGAUUCAGUUCCGCCAACAGUGCGAUGAACUCUGCUGCCGCUAACGCAGCAAGCAUUAACGCUGCCUCUAAUGCAAGUAUGAUGGCUCUUGCAUCAGCUCAGGCUAAUGCUGCAGCUGUAUCGGCGGGCUUUGCUGCGAUGGCCGUGGCAAUCAUUUGA